AUUUGUUAAUUCACUUCGACUACAACUCGACUUUUUGGGUUGGUUCUGAUGUCAUUCGCCUUAUAAUACAUAUAUAAUACAAAUCAAGCGAAAAACUAGAAUUAGCAAUUUUAGUAUACAUUAUUGACACCAGGAAACUUUGCAUACUGGGUUGGAAAAAACGAGGCACAGUACAUGUAACAGCUAGUGAACUAUUUUCUACUCCCAUGGUUUCACUUUGAAAUCUGCACGUACUGGUAGGCCAUAUGGACAAUGAUAAAUGGCAUCUGUUUAUGAUUAUUGGAGGGACCAGAUUUGCUCUCCCAAAUGCAAUUAGAAAGGGAACCAUUGAAGAUGCAGCAACAUGAGAGGAUUUUUUAAAUGGAAAGAGCUUUGUGAUUAGUCAUAUAUGUUCCACUUUAUGUUAUGACUUUUUUUGACAAGAACAAGGACAUAAAUAUCAAAUAUUCGAAUUGCUGUCGGUGACACAAAUUUCAUCCAAAGACAUCAAAACCACGAUGACAAAUAGAAAGAUGACGACCGAAGUGUGUAGACGCUGGAAGUGGACAACCGCACUGCUGCUGCUAUUCGGGGUUACAUCAUUAGUUUACACAUUAAUGUAUCAGUAUGCAGGUGGCCUGCUGAAUGUUCAGGCCCCUCACCGGGCUGGAGAGCAAGUUUCUGUUACAAUCCCGCUGUCGCUACCUAUUGGUAACGCCAGUUUGACCCCAUAUUCAGCAAAAGAGAAAGUGAGCACAAGUCGCAAUUUGGGGAAUAAAACUGCCGGUGUACUAACCCCCAUCCAAACUGGAGAACAAGUUACUGUUACACCGUCCGUGUCGCCACCUGUUGGCAACGCCAGUUUGGUCCCAUCUUCAGUAAAAGAGAAAGUGAACGCAAGUCGCAAUUUGGGGAAUAAGACUUCCAAUGUUCCAACCCCCCUCCAAGCUGGAGAGCAAGUUACUGCUACAUCGUCAGUGUCGCCACCUAUUGGCAACGCCAGUUUGGUCCCAUCUUCAGUAAAAGAGAAAGUGAACGCAAGUCGCAAUUUGGGGAAUAAGACUUCCAAUGUUCCAACCCCCCUCCAAGCUGGAGAGCAAGUUACUGCUACAUCGUCAGUGUCGCCACCUAUUGGCAACGCCAGUUUGGUCCCAUCUUCAGUAAAAGAGAAAGUGAACGCAAGUCGCAAUUUGGGGAAUAAGACUUCCAAUGUUCCAACCCCCCUCCAAGCUGGAGAGCAAGUUACUGCUACAUCGUCAGUGUCGCCACCUAUUGGCAACGCCAGUUUGGUCCCAUCUUCAGUAAAAGAGAAAGUGAACGCAAGUCGCAAUUUGGGGAAUAAGACUUCCAAUGUUCCAACCCCCCUCCAAGCUGGAGAGCAAGUUACUGCUACAUCGUCAGUGUCGCCACCUAUUGGCAACGCCAGUUUGGUCCCAUCUUCAGUAAAAGAGAAAGUGAACGCAAGUCGCAAUUUGGGGAAUAAGACUUCCAAUGUUCUAACCCCCCUCCAAGCUGGAGAGCAAGUUACUGCUACAUCGUCAGUGUCGCCACCUAUUGGCAACGCCAGUUUGGUCCCAUCUUCAGUAAAAGAGAAAGUGAACGCAAGUCGCAAUUUGGGGAAUAAGAUGCAACUCCUAAAUUCAACUAAGGGGGAAAUCACACAUUUCGAAAAUCAAGGUUCUCUUUUUGGUUUUACACGCCUUUUGCCAACCGUCAUGCCAACAGUUAAUGAAUCAGUAUCACCUGUAUCAACAUUCAUGAAAGAGGACUCGUUAACAACACCACAUCAACAUUUACUCCCCAAUCAAAAUACAUCUUCAGACCUUCUCAUGGUGUGGUCGCACUACAUCGCAAUCCCACAACCUUUAAUGGAUAAAAUAGACACGUUUUUCAAGUUGAAUCCGGAAAGAAAUGUAGUAUUUGUGUGUGGCAGUAGUAAAUGCAGGGAUCAAAUAGACGAAAAGUUACGUGAACACGCGAGAGUACUACGGUUACGGUUGCCUGCGUUGGCAAAGGGUACCCCUCUAGAUAAUUUUGUUUUUGAAUCAGCAAUUCUCAAAUUGGUCAUGGGGCGUAGAUUUCAAGUGCUUGUGCAUGAAGUAAGCGUUUUGCUCGCACUGUGGACAUUUGGUGGACUGUACAUAGAUAUGCAAUCAAUAAUGACGUCAAAGGUACCAGAUGAAUAUUUCAAGGGUGAAUGGGUGGGUAAUGAAAGUAUAUUUUCGAUAUCCAGAUUUGAGCGACGCUCUCAGGUCAUCAAAAAUGCCAUGGGUGUUAUUCAGUCGGCUUACAGCGGUCACAAUAGAAGCCAAAUCUUUAAAAUGGACAUUGAUUCAAUUUUGUGGAGUUCUGAAGUUCUAAGCCAGUUAAAAAGUAGGAAAAUUGAAGUGGGCCUUAGGGAAGCAGUAUCAAACUUUUUGCGAGGUGACCAUUAUGGGGUAUUAACCCAUGACCAUCGAGCAAAAGAUAUCAGCGCCGGAGAUGAGAUUCAGACAUUAGCAGCGCUACAAUUUCUACCUUUUGUCGACCGAUUUGUGGACCGUGACACAUGGAACGUCACGUGCAUAGAGACACCUGCACAGACGGACAAUGUUGGCAUAUUUGCCAAUGUGACAGAAAACAGUAGAAACAGAAAGCGUGAUAACGAAACAAUUACCAUAUUUCUAAACGCAAGGUAUAACGCCGCUGACCUAAUAUGGCCUCCAAAUGAUAAUCUUAAUCCUUUAAUGUUAUCGAUGUCUUUUGGACCAAGUUCCUGGAAGAAGUUAUUUACUGAGCCAGGCAAAUAUUACCUGAAAGAACAUGGCCCUGUAGGAGCUCGUGAUGAGAGCACAUUGAGAGUUUUGCGAGAAAAGAAUAUUUCUGUGUACAUGUCGGCCUGUUUGACACUUUUGUUGCAAAAUAGCAAUCCAACUGUGAAACAAGAGAACGUCCUUGUCGUUGACGUUGAUCAAAGAGCCUUAGAAUUAAUUGUUCCAUACGACAUACGAAAAACAGCGAUUACUGUUACCUAUAACCUGUCAAAUUCGAUAAAAUUUGAUAGAUUAGCACGCUAUGAAACGGCACACCGUUUAAUGGAACAAUAUUCACGCGCAAAACUGGUGUUAACGUCACGCAUCCAUUUAGCACUUCCAUGCGUUGCCAUGGGUAUUCCAGUGGUUUUUGUGGAAACGGCGGCCUUAUCUGAAGGAGGUGGGAAUCGAUCAGAAGGUUUAACAGAACUUUUUCAUACAGUAACUGUGGACAAAAUGAUGCAAUCAUACAAAGGGUUGGCAAACUUUAAUUGGAACAAACCAGAAAUGAAUCCAAAUCGUGUUUUAAAUAUGCGCUUCCGCGCAACCCUGUUGCAGGAGGUAAGAAAAUUCCCAGCGUUGCGAGAAACGGCGAUUACAAUUGGGAGAAUACCUUUGAAUACCUUCAGUCAAUCUAACCUCAAUGAAAGCGCUGUGUUGACGUUCUUUCAGGUUUACACAACGGCUGAAGUGACGCCAUGGAAUCGACGUUCACUCGAGAGUAUUUUUUUCCACCAUCCCAAUGCAAAAGUGCGCAUUUUAAGCAAUGCACUGUCACAAGAAAAGGUUUCUGCCUUCAGUGAAGCAGGCUUCCAUGUACAGGAGGUUAGUGCCCUUCUGCCCGCUGAUGACACCAGUUAG